GCCGACUGUAAAGACCGGAUCAGUAUCUGCUCCGCUUUCGCGCUAUGGACGCAGUUGAGCCAAAACUCAUUCUCAUUUUCAGCGGUAAACGCAAAUCCGGGAAAGAUUACCUGACAGAUUUCCUGCAUAAGAGAUUGGGUCCUGACGUUUGCUGCAUCCUGCGCCUCUCCGCUCCGCUCAAACGGCAGUAUGCACAAGAACACGGGCUGGACCUGGACCAGCUGCUGGGGACGGGUCGGUAUAAGGAGAAGUACCGGGCCGACAUGAUCGAAUGGGGAGAGAGGAGGAGGAUGCAGGAUCCCGGAUUCUUCUGUCGCCUGGCCGCCGAGGGAGCCCGGCAGCCCGUCUGGAUUGUGAGUGAUGCACGGCGCCUGUCGGACCUGCAGUGGUUCUGGAGACGGUACCCAAAGAAGACCCGCUGUGUCCGGGUUCAAGCCUCAGAGCAGACUCGCCGGGACCGCGGCUGGGUCUUCACUGCGGGGGUCGAUGAUGCUGAAUCUGAAUGUGGAUUGGAUGACGGGGUGACGUUUGACUGGACUGUUAGGAACGAGGCCGAUGCUCCGUCGUUAGAGGAGCAGCUUCAGGUGAUCCUGUCCUUAGCGGAAGAGAUGACUCGAGAAGAAGCUAUGUAAAUCCUCGUUUAUAAUGCAGUUUAAUCUUGGUUGAAGACAUCAGCAGAGAACAAUAUGCGUCAACUCUACACUGAGACAGGAGCAGCGUUUUCUGUAUUUGCUAUAAAGACAUCAGCGGUUUUGGAGGGAGUCCCCCUCAUAUGGAUAUUUGAGUCCUCAUCUUCGGCCAGGCUGAAAGGCAAGUAAUGA